CUGCGGUGAUUUUCAUAUGGUUACAGUUCCUGACUACGUAUUUACGCAUAACGUGAACUUCACGUUAUCAAUUAACCGUUUAUCAACCGUUUAUCAAUUAAAUACGUAUUUCUAUAUGAAACAAAACGUAUUCUAAUAUUGAGCUUGUUCUAAUCAGUACCCAGUCAGUUUCAUAUUCAACACAUUUGGCUCGUGCGUCAGCGUAUCGUUCUAAUGUCGUGCAGCGCUCACUAGGAGCGGAGACGAUGAAUGAAUUUGGACCUGGUUUUAUUUUCUCGUCCUUGCAGGAUGAGUGCUGCUGUGCUGACGUGCGCCCUUCUCUGCUUGUCAAUUGGAAAUGCCUCCUCCCUGUGUGAGUCCACCGCAUACACGCUGUACGUGGAAAGACAGGAGUGCGCCUACUGUGUGGCCAUCAACACCACUAUCUGUGCUGGCUUCUGCGUCACACGGGAUGUGAACCUGAAGAGCCUUCUUCCCAAGUCAGCUCUGUCACAGAGCAGCUGCACCUACCAGGACCUGAGCUACCACACGGUGACCCUGCCAGGCUGCCCGCUCCACAGCAACCCCUCGUACUCCUACGCCGUGGCGCUGACCUGCCGCUGUAGGAAAUGCAACACAGACUACAGCGAGUGCACCAUGGAGCCCCUGCGCCCCAGCCGGUGCACCAAACCACCCCGCGAGGCCGACAGCUACCUCGGCCAGAGCAACUUCAUCCAGUAGGGUCCACCAGUCUCGCAUCGGGAGGGUGUUACAGGGGAGAGGGCGUAUGAGAUGGGACCAAAAAUACAAGAUUUUCUAUGGAAGUUGCGUCACCUUUAACAGAACUAGCGUUGUGUACAUUAUCUGUAGAAACGGACUUGUCCACAUUCCUGAUUUUCCCACGUGUAUUGAAUUCUAAGCAGACCCACUUGUGCCAUUCUUUUUUUUUUUCUGUUCACAAAGUAUGUGGCAUCUGUUUUGUUUUGUAAAAAUGCUUCGUGGGGUCUCGCACGCGGUGUUUCAUGUAUGUGUUUCAUGUGUGAACAGGGAUCUUACAUUCUUUGCAUAUUUCAAUGUGCGUUCAGUAAAUCCUUGUUGGGAGAUAAAGCCUCUGUUUCAUUUCAUUGCAGCACGGUUUCUCCUUCCUGUUCUGUGAGUGGGACACAGGGCACGACAACUUUAAAAACGAGUCUAGCUCAGUGAAGUCGUUUUCAAUUCACAAUGUGUCUGCUUAUUACAACAAUAAAGCUGGUGGAAUAGUGCAAGUUUCUUCUCUUUGUGAAUUUCUGCAAGUACACGAUUCGAGAAGUUUAUUGUCUGUAUAAAACUAUUGUGGUUCAUCUUUUUCAAGUGUGUGACUGCAGGCUGCCUUUCUCACCCUUUAACUAAUUAAAGUCUUUCCCCUUUAUUUCUGUUUGGCUGUGUA